ACGUUCUUGCCGGUUCAAAUACAUAUUUUCCGGUUCACUGCAUUUAUAUACCCUUCAACUGGGUUCAAAACAACUCUACGUUUAGGUCCACUUAUUACUCACUCUCCGUUGAUCAAAUGGAUCUUGAUUUGCAUUCCUAUGCUCGUCGACUCGAAUCCUUGAAUUCCCACCACGGCAAACAACUCCACCUCCUUUUUCUCAAAGUGGGUGUGAUCGGUUCUUUCGUUACUUUCGGAAACCGCCUCCUACAGAUGUACACAAGAUGCGGCCAUCUCAGUGAUGCACAACAACUGUUCGACGAAAUGAAUCACAGAAACUGCUUCACUUGGAACACUAUGAUUGAAGGCUACAUGAAGUCAGGUGUCAAGGAGAAGGCAUUGGAGUUGUUCGGUUUGAUGCCCGAAAGGAAUUGUUUUUCGUGGAAUUUGGUGGUUUCGGGUUUUUCAAAAGCGGGUGAGUUAGAGAUUGCUCGUGGGUUGUUCGAUGAGAUGCCGAGGAGGAAUUGGGUCGCUUGGAAUUCGAUGAUUCAUGGAUAUGCGAGUAAUGGUCGUCCUAGAGAUGCCGUCAGGUUGUUUAAGGAAUUGGGUGCGGAUCCUGAUGGAGAGUCACGUGGGGAUUCGUUUGUGUUGGCAACGGUUAUUGGUGCUUGUACUGAUUUGGCAGCUCUUGAUUGUGGGAAGCAAGUCCAUGCUCGAAUCAUUGUUGACCAAGUGGAAUUUGACUCCGUGUUGGCGAGUUCUCUUGUAAAUUUGUAUGGGAAGUCAGGUGAUAUGGAUAGCGCAAGUCAUGUUUUGAAUGUGAUGCAAGAUCCAGAUGAAUUCUCUGUAUCGGCAUUGAUCUCAGGGUAUGCAAAUAAUGGUAGAAUGGAAGAUGCUAGAAGAAUUUUUUAUAUGAGAAGUGAUCCAUGUGUUGUGCUAUGGAACACCUUGAUAGCAGGCUACAUUGCUAAUGAGGAAAGAAAUGAAGCAUUGAUUCUUUUCAAGACGAUGCGAAGAACUGGAAUUCGAGAAAACUUUUCUACUUUCUCCAGCGUCUUGAGCGCAUGCAGUUGUUUGCGUAUUCCUGAAAACUGCAAGCAAAUGCAUGCUCUUGCUUCUAAGUUGGGAACCCUUGAUGACCUUAUCACUGGUAGCGCUCUUGUUGACACAUACGCGAAGUGUGGAAGCCCAAACGAUGCUUGCAAAUUGUUCACAGAGUUCAAAAAGCAUGACACUAUUUUGCUGAAUUCUAUGAUAACUUUGUACUCGAAAUGUGGAAGAAUUGAAGAUGCCAAACAAAUCUUUGAGAGCAUGAAAACGAAAAGCUUGAUCUCAUGGAAUUCAAUAAUAGUGGGACUAAGCCAAAACGGUUGUCCAAUCGAAGCCUUAGAUCUUUUCUGCAAGAUGAACGAGAUGGGCUUGAGAAUUGACAAAUUUAGCCUUGCCAGUGCGAUCAGUGCCUGUGCUAGCAUUGCUUCGCUUGAACUUGGUGAACAGAUUUUUUGUAGAACCACUAUCGUUGGCCUUGAAUUCGAUCAGGUUGUUUCUCCCUCCCUCAUCGAUCUGUACUGCAAGUGUGGUUUUGUAAAAAUUGGACGAAAACUGUUUGACCAAACAACUAAAUUCGACGAAGUUUCAUGGAACUCUAUGUUGAUGGGUUAUGCUACAAAUGGAUUUGGAAAUGAAGCAAUGAAUUUGUUCACUGACAUGAGGUAUGCAGACGUUGUUCCCAAUGAUAUUACUUUUACCGGCAUUCUGUCUGCCUGCGACCAUUGUGGACUGGUCGAAGAGGGACGGAAAUGGUUUUAUGCAAUGAAACAACACUAUCAUAUAGAUCCAGGGAUUGAGCACUAUUCUUGUAUGAUAGAUCUUUUCUCCAGGGCAGGUUUGCUUGAAGAAGCUAUGAACCUUAUUGAAGAGAUGCCAUUCAAGGCCGACGCAAGCAUGUGGUCAUCAGUUUUGAGAGGGUGUGUAACUCAUGGUAAUAAAAGUAUUGGAAGGAAAUUGGCAGAGAGAAUUACAGAUAUGGAUCCUGAGAAUUCGGGUGCUUACAUGCAGCUAUCAAGCAUAUUUGCGACUUCUAAUGACUGGGAAAGAUCAGCACAAAUUAGAAACCUGAUGAGGGAUAAGAGAAUACAGAAAAAUCCUGGUUGUAGUUGGGCUGAGUGCUAACUAAAGGCUACUGGUGAACUAUUGUCCGCCUUUGGCUGGGCCUUCACAGCUUGUGCCGCGACUCUAUUGUAAAAGUCCGUGGAUCCUGUACUUUGCUGGUGAGUUAAGUCACAUAAUGCAUGUGCGUAAUUGAAAGCAAGAUCAAGAGCAAGAUAGCGCCUCUUGGAAAUAUCCCACACUACUGAACUAGAGCAUAGAGCGAUGACUGAGAGCGGCAACAAAGAGUCCUAUAGUAAAAUUGUGAAAUUGUGUGACCUAUGACGUGAGAAUUGGUACCUAUUUUAUCUUGUCCACAUUGGCCUACAAUCCCAACAGCAGAACUGCAGUUUAGCUGGUCGUGAAGCCAUCCGCCAAGGAUAUCCAAGCUGGAUUAGCCUUAUGGAGCUGCUACACCAAUUUUUGAUCAAUUUGUUCCUUUCGUGUGGAGAAUUUACGAUAUAUUCGUGUUGUCUAUGAUGAGGCAAUGAAACUUUGGAGUUUUAUGUAACGUCUCCAUUAGAAAACGUCAAUAACAUUUCAGGUCUUCUUGCAA